AUGGAGCAAAAGAUAGAAGAUAGUCAUCGCUGCGGAAAGCUUGAUUAUAUAAGUGACGUCCUCGAAGUAGCACUCAGUGAGGGAAGUUUGCUAGUUCAUCAAUGGAAAUUGGAAGUUCUCGAGAACCCAUUUGGCCGCCGCCGAAACUGGCAGGCUCAAUUCAUAAGACUUGGAGCCUGCGAAACUGGAAUAAGGAAACGUGGGGAGAAGUACAAAAGACGAGACGUUAGUAGAGAUGAUACUUUUGGUCGGUUUAACAAUUCCAGGGUUGCGAGAGGAUUGGGGGUACAGCUAAGCAAUAACGAGAAGAGAAGUCGAAAGCGGCACGACCGGAUGAGACGUCCCCUCGCAAAGCGGCGCCGCAGUUCACCUCGCCACUACGAUGGCUAUACUAGUGGACAUAACGAAGACGACUCUUCAGACGACGACUCUGAUACCAGAUCGUAUGCAUCUUCGGGGUUUUCGAAACCAAGCCGCUCCUCAAGCUAUGGUUCUAGAAGCUCUGUCGCUUCCGGAUCUAGUCGGUCAAACUCAGAAUACGGGUCAAGACAUAGAAGUGGUCGUCACAACAAGUACCAGACCAAUGAUCAGCUUCGGAAGCCACCAAGUCAUCAACCCGAUUUCAAACACGGUUACGGGUCUAUACCGCCAGAUUAUGGAACUAGACCGCCAGGUUAUGGAACAAUACCGCCCGAGGGUCUGCCUUAUCCGGACGAACCGUACCCGGGAAGAUCUCAGCCACAUUAUCCGUAUGAUGAUAGAGCGGAUUAUACUUAUGACGAUGGAGCGGAUAAUCCGUACGAUGAUAGAGCUGAUAAUCCAUAUCGAAGAUCGUGA